CCGGGAUCUUAUGCUUGAAGAUACCCGUCCGCCGCCUUGACCCCUCAUGGCUCGCGGCGCAUUUGGGGUUCCUCCUCAUGACGUGGAUGCUCAGACCUGCGCUUGUGACCAUGGAAUAUCGUAGAAUACAUGAGCUUGGAGGCAGCUCGCGUUUGAUAUACUACACCUGCGGCCGUAACCUUAAUGUUGUGCUGCUUCUCGCGCGUACCCUGCCCUGACUAACGACCACCUCCAGUCGCCUGCCUCACAUCAUGACAAACCACGCCUUGGUAUUCGGUGAGUACAUGUAGCUUCCGAUAGAGACGUUGUCUUUCAGUCCCUGACCGGUCAAGGCGCCUCUGGCAUCACCGGCUGGGCCAUCACAAACCUCAUCCUCAACGGCUAUCCGACACCCGACACCUUCGCCUCGGUCACGGCACUCACCAACCGACCACUCACCCGCGAAGCAGCACAAUGGCCGGCCUCACCAAAGCUGGACAUUGUGUCGGGCGUCGACAUUAUGACCGAUGCCGGCCAGGCUGGACUUGAGAAGGAGCUCCUCGCGCGGGUGAAGCACAUAAAGGAGAUCACACACGUGUACUUCUUCGCGUACAUCAUGGACCCGGAUGGCGAGAAGGAGAGCCGCGUGAACAAGGAGCUGCUCUCGCGCGCCGUCCAGGCAGCCGAGAAGCUGGCGCCCAACCUGCAGUUCGUCGUGCUGCCGACGGGCACCAAGACGUACGGCGUCCACCUGCUGGACCAGUUCCCCUUCAGCAAAGACUUGCCUCUGAAGGAGUCCCUGCCCCCCGUGCCCGAGCCGUUCAAGAGCCAGCUCUUCUACUACGCCCAGUGCGAAGAGCUGGAGGAGCUGUCGCGCGGGAAGAAGUGGACAUAUGCCGACGUCAUCCCCGAUGUCAUUGUCGGGUUCGUGCCCCAGAACAAUGUGUACUCGCUCGCGCAGUGGCUUGGGCUGUACCUCUCCCUCCAGAGGCACAUCCACGGUGAAGGGGCCGCUGUGCAGUUCCCAGGCUCAGAAAAGUCGUACCAAAUUCUCUGCAACGACUCGUCGCAGGAUAUUGUCGCAAAGACGAGCAUCGUCGCCAGUCUGAGGCCGGAGAAGAGCGGUGGGCAGCGGUUCAACGCGGCGGACAACGCCAAGCCAUCGAGCUGGAGCAAGAAGUGGCCGAUUAUCUGCGAGUACUUUGGUCUCAAGGGUGUCGGGCCCCCUCAGGGCGGCACAGGACCGGACCCAGCGGCCUUUUUGUCAGAGAAUGUCGACAAGUGGCGAGAGGUCGAGCAGAAGCAUGGCCUCGUCACGGGACGCGUCGGCAACGAGCGUUCAUUCUCGGGUUUCGUAAGUGGCUCCUUUCCCGUGUGUGACCUGACAGACAGUCUGACAGCGAGUCCUAGCCUGUUUUCAUCAUGUGCAUGUUCGAUUUCGAUCGUCAGCUUGACCUGACCAAGCAGCACGAUAUGAUGGGCGAUCUGAAGGAAGAGGUGGACACAAAGGCCGCGUGGUAUACGGCGUUUGACCGAUACCGGCAGGCCAAGAUCAUCCCUUGAGGGGAUGGGGAUGUUUCAAACAGUGGAGUGGCGUGUAUAGACAGCAUGCAGACUAUUUUUUGAUCACUGGGAAUGAGC